UGUCGUCAGACAUGUCAAGCAAGAAGGGUUGCUGCCACAGGGGCCACGGAAGUACUGGGAGAUCUCAGCCCACUGCAAUACCGUACGACUUCCUCAGUCGAAGCCGGAUAUAUCCUUUGACAAUCCUUCGAGCAACUACCACUACCAGCUACUGACCAGCGCUGCACCUAAUAGACAAGAGGCAAAACUCAUAACACAGGCGCAGCUUCAGGGUUUAGCCAGACUGAAUCGAUCAAAGUUGCAUGUGAGAAAUUUUGUUUUCCCCGUCCAACUCAUGAAAAUGAAGCACAUGGACCCCCAAUCGAGGCAGAAAAUAAUUGAAGAACUUUGCAAGUACUUUAGCGAGGACUGUACAACAUCGUGCUGGAGCAGGCAGAAUUGAAGUUCCAAGACUUGUGCUGCCUCCUGGUGGCCAUCGCAGGGAGUUGCAGAGUCAAGUCUCUGUACCUAUGGCAUGUCCUCAACACCUGCGAAAAACCUUUCAAGGGACCUCUACAAAGUGAUAUAGUCCUAGAUGACCUUCCACGGGUUCCAUAUACUUACAACCCUGGAGGCAGAAAAUACCUGAGAGAACUCGGAAAGGCAAAAGUACACAAACUAGAGAGAGAAAUCUCAAAAGAAACAAAAAAAGUUGUAAUAAGCGAUGAAAGUCUAACUAAGAAAUCUGACUUGAGGAAAGUUCCAAGUUAUACAAAUAAAUCUGGAGAAUCCUCCUAUAAUCUUAGAGUUCAGCAGUCACCCAAUGUUGAUUCACAUGACUUUAUGGUACAGACACAUUCUAGAGUCGAUUCAAACAACCUUUUUACUCAACAUCAAAAAGAGGGUAUGAAAAAUAAAUCAACAUCAAAUCGCUCUGUAAGCUACGCAGAUCAGAAUACAUUUUCACAAACAGAAAGUUACAACAGUCAGACUACCGGACUUUAUUCAGAUAACAUUUUAAAGCAAAACGUUAAUGAAAAUAAAAGUGUAAACAAUAGUUUAAAAUUAAAUCAAUCCAUAAGCUUUGCACAACAGAGCACUUCACAGCAAGAAAGCUACCACAGUCAGUCUACUAAAUUUAACAUGGUUAAGUUUUCAACUCAGCAUUAUAUCGUGGAACACUUGCUCAAACGAAUCCUCACUCAAACAUCUGGAGAACCUUUUGAUCUGGUGGAAAAAGAAUUGGUCCACUCAGUUUCUAGUGUGUAUGAAGAUCACGUUUUCUCCCAAGCUGAUGCAGGGGUGCAAUGUCAGAUGUCACUAAACUCGAAAGAAACCGUCUCAUUAGACGCAACUUCUGCGCACCAUUCAACCACAAAUGAAUCUCAUCUUAACGCAGGGAAAACUCCUCUACUUGGAUUUUGCAAAAGCUAUUUAAAGUUUUAUGAAAACACCGAAAUAGAUGUUGACGUUUUGCGGGACAUGUACAUGAUUUCACUGAACAACCUCACUCAUCUGACCCAACUCGCCAUCAACUACAGUUUGCUAGCCGAUGGAACGGGGGAUGCCUUGUUGUCUGUGGGGAGCAUAGCAAAGGGAAGGUUGAAACAUCUCAAGCUGCUGUGCGAACCAGAAGACAUCCCUUCUCCGACUCAUCAGCUGUAUGAGGCCGAAGCCCUUCAAGCUAUUCCAGAUUUGGUGUGGCACUAUGUUAGAGAAAAGUGCCCAGAUUUGGAGGUCCACGUUGUCUGCGUGUCGAUGAGUGCUUACGAUGUUACAAAACGUUUUGUUACCCGGUCCAUGCCACUGAGCAGCUUUUGUAUGGAAAACGGAUUUUGCCCUACAUCAGCAGUUCCUGAGCUCACCAUCUUUUGCACCCUGAAAUGUUUGUGGCUGGACCAUGCAGAGACAUUAGAACAUGUAAACCUUACUCUGUGGCACUCUACUGGAAGAAUAGACUCGUCUCUUGUCGAGUUAUUAAAGAGAACAAGACUGUCCAGUUUUGCUUAUCAUGGCCCCUUGCAGAAGAAGAAAUCCGUUAACGAAAUGUGUGAUGCUGCUUUAAACUCCUCCAAAAUGAAGAGCUUCAAGUUAAUGAUUCAAGGUGAUCCAUGUUUCCCUUCCAAUGCCAAACAGGCAAGCAGUCACAUUUACAAUCAAUACAUUCAUCGAUUCCAAGAUAAAUCCAUCGAAUUUACAUUAGGAACAUUCAGUUAGUGAUAUAUAUAUGUCUGAAACAUUUAC